GAGGCACAGGAAAGGAAAACUAAACCUGCAGGAAAGUGCCCUGUGCCAAGGAGAACGCAAUUAGGAAGCUGUGUACAUGCCUCUGAACCCUGAGUGGUUCUCAGUUCUGUAUCCUUCGCCUCCCACUGGGUGGAGUAGGUCUUUUAAGAGCAGCUGGAAUGCGAUUCCCCUGAUCAGUGUAGCCAGUUGUUGACUUUCUGAACCUCUGCCAGUCCUAGAGAGCGGUGCUCCGAGCUCAAACCAGAGCGCGAGGCUAGGCAACCCCUAACCACCAGUCCUUCUCACCGGGGCCAGAGGAAAGUGCCCAUCUGCGCAGCAGCCAUAGGGGAGGACGCUGUACAAGCUGAAAAGUUCCAGCACCCAGGUCCCAACAUGCAGCCGGAGAAGGCGGCCAGCUCCAGUCCGGUGCCGUCCUCCACGCCGAGCCCCAGCCUGCAUCUGGGGAGCACGGAGGAAGCCAUCCGGGACAACUCGCAGGUGAACGCUGUCACGGUGCUCACGCUCCUGGACAAACUGGUGAACAUGCUCGAUGCCGUGCAGGAGAACCAGCAUAAGAUGGAGCAGCGGCAAAUCAGCCUGGAGGGCUCGGUGAAGGGUAUCCAGAACGACCUCACCAAGCUCUCCAAGUACCAGGCCUCCACCAGCAACACGGUGAGCAAGCUGCUGGAGAAGUCGCGCAAGGUUAGCGCGCACACGCGUGCUGUCAAGGAGCGCAUGGAGAGGCAGAGCGCGCAGGUGAAGCGGCUGGAGAACAACCACGCCCAGCUCCUCAGGCGCAACCACUUCAAAGUGCUCAUCUUCCAGGAAGAAAAUGAGAUCCCUGCCAGUGUGUUUGCAAAACAGCCAGUUUCCAGCCCAGGGGAAGAGAAGGAGGGGGAGCACGCUGACGAAAACAAGUCCCUGGAGGAAACUCUGCACACAGUGGAUCUCUCGUCCGAUGAUGAAUUGCCCCAUGACGAGGAGGCCCUGGAAGACAGCGCAGAAGAAAAGAUGGAAGAGAGCAGGGCAGAGAGAAUAAAAAGAUCCAGUCUCCGGAAAGUGGAUAGCCUCAAAAAGGCAUUUUCUCGCCAGAACAUUGAGAAGAAGAUGAACAAACUGGGGACAAAGAUCGUAUCUGUAGAGAGGAGAGAGAAGAUUAAGAAAUCUCUCACUUCCAAUCACCAGAAAAUAUCCUCAGGGAAAAGCUCCCCUUUCAAGGUCUCUCCUCUCACUUUUGGGCGAAAGAAAGUCCGAGAGGGAGAAAGCCCAGCAGAGAAUGAGACCAAAUCAGAAGACAUGCCCAGCAGUGAGAUGGCCAACGACUACGAGGAGAGCUCGUUUGCAGAGGGUCUUUCCGAAGCGUCCCUCACCAGUGCCCUGGUGGAAGGGAAGAGCACGGAGGGAGAUGCUGGGACGGUGGCCUCGAGAGGGAGUGACUCAGCCAUGGACAGCAACGUCGACUUGACUAUUGUGGAGGAUGAAGAAGAGGAGUCAGUGGUCCUGGAACAGGCACAGCAGGUGCGCUAUGAGGGAGACUAUGUGCUAGCCUCCCAUGAAGCAGAGCGGUCGGAGGAGGAGCCAGUGCAGCCAGCUGUGCUCCAGGUGGACCAGACUGCUUAAAUGCACAGCCCUCUGUGAACAAGCUUGUGCUUUCAGUUAGGUGGGUGAACAGAGCCUAGAAGCAAACUCCUGCACAUCUCCAGCACUCCCCACUCACACCAUGUUACUGUCUAGACAGUCAUCACUUGCUCCACAAUAGGCACACACACCGUGACCAAGAUUUACUAUGAAGGCAGCCUGUCAGGGUCUAUGCUUCCAAUGUACCCUUGACUUCCAUUUCUGUAGUUCCUCAAGACUGCCCAGAAGAAGAAAUGGAGCAGUCAUAAAACACUGAUCAAUGCGGCUAAGUCAGAAUCACCAGAGGCUAUGUAAGAUACUAAUUAUGAAAUAUGAUUCAUUUUCUGUCAUUCCAUGAGCUUUCUGAACAGUGCAUCAAUAAUAUAUUGAAUUUCCAUAGAACUCUGUGAAUCUAUAUUCUUCAAGUGUGUGAUUAUAUAAUAUACAUAUGUAUUUAAGCUAAAGAGAUAACUAUAUUUCAGAAAGAAAACACUUUUCCUAAAAGAAAAAGGUUAGAAGAGAAAGUUCAGUUGCAUAUUCACAUAGUAGAAACCACUUUAUUGAAAAUGAGGGUGAAAUGAAAUUGAAAGACAUUCAGCUAAUGAAGUAAGAUAUGUAGAAAAGCCAGGACUAUUAGAAAAAACUAAAGGGAAGCUGGAAAAUAGGGAAAUAGGAAACAAAGAAUGCCAAAGAGAAUGAAGACAGAGAGAAAAAAGCAUGUGCUCAAAAGUAAAAUAUAAUACUAGUUCAAGUAUUUCACUCCUUAUAUAACAAUACUAAAGAAACUCAUAUAUGUUGGAAUAGUAUGUUAUAUCUUCACAAUAUUUUUAUUUUCUAAUAUUUUCAAAUAAUGUAAAAAACACUUUACUAUGUUAAAGGUGCAUUUUUCCUUAAUAAAAGACACUACAAGUACCUCUCUAAAGAAAUUCAAAAAAAUGUCUCUUUAACAUUGGAAUGAACAUUAAUCUUCAAACUUAAUACAUACUGCUUUUCUUAGGAAGUUGAAUCAUACUAUUCUUUAUUAUUUUCCAGAUUUGAAAUAAUCCUUGUACUCCAAAUGAUGUAAUGUAGGUUUAUAAGCUGUUAGAAUCAACAGGUUGGGAAGGGAGGAUUCUAGUUUUCCUUUUUUUGUACAUAACAGUAAUUUCAUUCCAGGUCAUAUUUUAUUUAUAUAUUUUCACAGAAUAUUAAUAUGUUUCCUAACUUCUUAAAGUAUGCUAGUGUUUAUGUGUAUGUGCACAUUUACUCAGAGUAGUUAUUACUAUUGCCUAACAUUAUACUAAAAUAUUGCUUUAUUUUUAAUUACAAAAUGGUAAUGUUUUAAGAAAACUAUUAUAGUUUAAAGACAGUUAUAUCAGAGAGCAGAUUUCCUACCUUUAGUAUAUACCACUCACUAUUAGUAAUCUUAUAAAUAUAGAUAAUCUGAAACAGUGUUAACAAACUGUGCUUUGCCUUAUGAAAGGAAGAGUAUUAACAAAUGUACUAAUGGCAUAACUGAUACAGCUAUGUCCUUAUUUUGCAAUAAUGUACCCCAUAUGUUAUAUUGUUGAACUAACAAUAACUGUUGAAGAAGGCUAAAUAAACCAAAAAAUAAAAAGCAUCCAACAAUGUCA